AUUUAACGGAAGUGAUAUAAAGUUGUUGUUCGUGAGACUGAGGCUACGACAAACUAGAAAUGUAUAAAAUGUCUUAAAGGUUUCUCUUUCACACGUGCGAAUGCAAACGGAGUGACGGCGACAACCCCCUCAGAAAUUCGUUUAAAUUCUGCAAUAGUUAGUCGUCGCUAAGUCCUGUAGCUGGAAGGAACCUCCUCUUAGGGAGUAAGACGACAGAAAGGGAAGCAGUUAGCCGCCGCUUGCUGUUAUUAGCUAAAACUCAGUGUUUGAGUGACUCGACUCGAUACCUUGCCUUUUUCCUCUGGAGAUUCAAAAACGUACCACCGCAGUGAUGCCCGAGACGGAGUCCUACUCCAACCCUCUGGCUCCGGAAGGUCAUGAGGUGGACGAGCAUCGAGCUGCUGCCCAGUCCAAACUGACCAAUGAUGACUUUCGAAAGUUACUAAUGACACCACGGGCAACGCCCUCUUCAGCCCCACCGUCUAAAUCCAGGCACCAUGAAAUGCCAAGGGACUACAAUGAAGACGAGGACCCUGCCGCACGGAGGAGGAAGAAGAAGAGCUACUAUGCUAAGUUACGUCAACAGGAAAUGGAGCGAGAGAGAGAGUUGGCUGAAAAAUACAGGGACAGAGCAAGAGAGCGACGAGACGGUGUCAACAAGGACUACGAGGAGACGGAGCUCAUCAGUACCACAGCCAAUUACCGUGCUGUGGGACCCACUGCUGAAGCCGAUAAGUCUGCCGCUGAAAAGCGUCGUCAGUUGAUCCAGGAGUCAAAGUUCUUGGGUGGUGACAUGGAACACACUCACUUGGUGAAAGGUCUCGAUUUUGCUUUGCUUCAGAAGGUGAGAGCAGAGAUCACCAGCAAAGAAAAGGAAGAGGAAGAUCUGAUGGAGAAGGUCCAGAAAGAAGCCAAGAAGGACAUAGAACCAGAGGAGAAGAUGGAGUUCAAGACUCGUCUUGGCAGGAACAUCUACCGCGUGGUCUUCAGGUCCGGCCUGUUUGAGAGGAAUGAGCUUUUCCUGCCUGGACGGAUGGCUUACGUGGUCGACCUGGACGACGAGUUCACAGACACAGACAUCCCCACCACACUGAUCCGCAGCAAAGCCGACUGUCCCAGUAUGGAGGCUCAGACCACUCUGACCACCAACGACAUCGUCAUUUCCAAACUGACUCAGAUCCUGUCCUACCUCAGACAGGGGACACGGCACAAGAAGAUCAAGAAGAAGGACAAAGGUAAACUGGACGAUAAGCGAGCUCCUGAGGCUGAUCUGAGCAUCUUUGAUGACAUUGGUGACUACAUCCCGUCCAACACCACGUCAUCCAAACCUCCCAAAGACAAGGAGAGACACCGAGACCGAGACAGAGAGAGAGAGAGAGAGAGAGACAGAGAGAGAGAGAGAGACAGAGAGGAGGAGGUGAAGAACAGGAGGCACAGCUACUUUGAGAAACCACGAGGAGACGAGCUCCAGGCGCUGGAUGUGGACACAGCAGGUCCUGGAUCAGUCUGUGAUCAGAUCAAGAUGAUCAAUGAGAAGUUUGGAGCUACGGCAGCAGGAAGUCAGUGGAGUGACGAUCAACAACCUGCGUCUCAGAGACGAGAUGGUAAAGAACAGCUGGGAGAUUUCUUUGGAGGAUCAAACUCUUAUGCUGAGUGUUACCCUGCCACGAUGGACGACCUGGCCGUGGACAGUGAUGAGGAAGUGGACUACAGUAAGAUGGACCAGGGAAAUAAGAAAGGUCCUUUGGGUCGCUGGGACUUUGAUACUCAGGAAGAAUAUUCCGACUACAUGAACAACAAGGAAGCGCUGCCCAAGGCAGCCUUCCAGUAUGGGAUCAAAAUGUCUGAAGGUCGGAAAACCCGUCGUUUUAAAGAGACCAAUGAGAAAGCAGAACUGGACCGACAGUGGAAGAAGAUCAGUGCGAUCAUUGAGAAAAGGAAGAAGAUGGAGGCAGAUGGGGUGGAUGUGAAAAGACCCAAAUACUGAACACCUGUUCAUUCACUGCCUCUCCUCGUCCCCUCUCCUCGUCUCCUCGUCCCCUCUCCUCGUCCCCUCUCCUCGUCCCCUCUCCUUAUCCCUUCUCCUCGUCCCCUCUCCUUGUCUCCUCGUCCCCUCUC